AUGCUGGCUCCAGCAAACGACAAGAAUGAUCCUACCGUAACACCAGGCCCUCACCACAGCGCUCCGGACGUGCGUCUGACGCCCGUACCCGCAGGCUCCAGCCGCCGCCAGCGCACCCUACUUCUCAGUACUCCAAAGCCCACGCCCAGCCCGUUUCCACUGCGCACACCGCGCACGCCCGGAAACGCAGCGCUGAAUCCGUGCACCGUAGACGAGUCACUGUAUGCAAAAGUCACCGUGCACACGGCAAAGUGUACCGAGUGCGACAAGCGUAACAUGAACACCAUGCGCCGCUGUCCAGGCUGUACGUUCCAGGUGUGCCAGCCGUGCUAUCAGAGGCGGGAGCGCGAAGGCAAAGGACUGGUUCAUGGCAAUAUGCCCACGCCCAGCGGUACCCUUGCAACUAGCAGUGGCGGCAGGAAAGCGAGAACGAAGCCAGUGCCGAGUCUGCUCAGUGCCAGGAACCUGGAGAAGAAGAUCCCAGGGUCCAAUCAAGAGCAGAACAUCGUUCAGAUGGAGAUAGAUCCAGCGCCACCUGCGUCGAAGUCGACAAAAGCCAAGAAGCGCGCAAUGAAGAAGCCUCGCGUCGAAGACAGCGACGUGGAAGAGUCGUCUGGAGAUGAAUUCGAACCAGAUGAUGCAUCACCGACACGCAGCAAGUUCCGGCGGAUGAACCUCUCCUUCGCGGAAAGCGCCUUAGCGACGGCCCUCAGAACACCGCCGUCCACACGCGCAGCUCGGAGAUUGAACGCGGCUCCAGUGUGUGAAGAACCUUCGCCGACAACAGCAACAGCAGAGACGUUUGAUCACCAGAUUACUGCCCACUAUACACCACCCGAACAUCUACGCAACGACAUCUUAUACCAGCAAGCGAUCCAAGGCUACAACGAACCGUUACUAGGUCGGCGGGAGCCCGUCCUCUCCAACCCCGUUGCCCACAUUCCCGCGAUUGUGCAGCGUGGCGGCCAGCCUCGGCCCUCCGCCGAAGAGAUUUACGGGAACAUCCAGGCCAAGCUUCCGGAAAAGCUGUCCAAGAUCAAAGGGCUUGGAGUGGCUGAGAAUGAUGCAUGCUCGUUCACUGUCCGAGCUUGCGUCGAGCAAGAAGCGAGGAAAUACCAGAACGGCAUUCUCAUAGAUGAGGAUGAAAAUAAGGCUUUGCUUCAUGCCAUGGAGAGUGCUGCGUUGCUAUGGGGAAAAAAGACGUACAGAAAGCUGGAUCCAGCUAUGCAGCAGAUGCUGCGGACUGGGUUGAAUCUGCGUCUUGACAAGAUCGAUGGCGCGUACAUGGAUGAACUGAGGGACUUGAUGGCCGAGCAUGCAGAUCGUAUGUUGAAGGAGUUGGCUGGAAAUGAUGCGCGCUCCAUGUCGCGGCCGCUUCCGUCCGGACAAUAA